AUGUCUGCCUCGCCACCACCAGCACCUUACGAAUCCAUGGCAACUCCGCCAGAGGAGCGUCCUGCAAAACGCCAAAAGACUCUGGCAUGCGGACGUUGCCGAAGGAGGAAGCAAAAAUGCGAUGAACAAAGACCCUGUACAAACUGCAGCAAAUCUGGAGAGACGUGCCAUGAGGUCGUACCUCGACUUGGUCUAGGCACCAUGCCAUAUACGCAGAUGGCACUGCCUUCUCCAGUUGACAUCUCAUCCCUCGAGGAACGCGUCGCCAGGCUCGAAAAGGCACAGAUACUAGCCCAGCAAUGCCAACCUAGCCAUAAGCCUGCCAGGAAUCCAAGCCAUGGCGGCUACUACAGAGGUGUGCCGUCCCCGGAUGGCACCUUCAGCAGCACCAACAGCCCGACCAACCACGGGGCGUCCCCUAGUGUGUACUCUUGCCACAGCUCACCCAAUGCUUCGAUGGGAGCGUUCCAGGCUCGCAACAGUGGGCCUGGGCAACCUCUUCAGUUCUCAGGGUCCCCUAGCGGGUUCGCAGGUCAAGACUACACCCAAAGGCCUGGUAGCAGCUUGUCUGGAAGUGCCCCGGCGAUUGGACUGCUGGCGACAUUUGCCAGACCGGACGGUAACAGAUACCAUGGUAACCCACAACAGCAGCAGCAGCCUCACCAGCUUACCAUAGACCGACCAACAGAGAUUGGUCUGUUCGAGGUUUACCGCACUCGCAUUCACUCACGCUAUGCGUUCCUGGAUCUUGAAAACCUCAAAGACCCCCUACAGAGAUCCCAGGAUCUCUGGGUAGGGUUUUUCACCAACAUGGUGUACAGCAUCGGCAUGCUGCUCAACGGCCAACAGAGCCACCUGGCCUUCUACAGACUUGCCGUGACGCGUCAUCUGAGCCACGUGUUUGCUCAACCAGACCGCAUCUUGCACGUUCAAGCACACUUGCUACUGGCAAUGCAUGCGCUGCACUCUCCGUCCACGGAACGGCUGGUAAGCAUAGCGGGUGCGACUAUGCGCUACUGCGUGUUGGCUGGGCUUCACGCUGGGGAAGACGACGAUGGAAAUGACGAAAAGACUUCUGGGAACAUCCACUGGGCAGGCCACGGAAACAAUAAGAUCCAGCUUAGCCGUAGGGUCUUCUGGUCCGCAUACGCGCUCGACCGUGUUGUCAGCACUACCUUUGACCUUCCACCAUCGGUAUCGGACGGCCACAUUACAGCGGAGCUGUACAGCGACGAAGAAGAUACGGCUCUCAUGUACGUCAAGGGCUUGAGACUGCAGAGUAAAGCCUUGGGAUUCAGACUAUGCCAGCAGAGGAGCGCCGAGGAGGAGACUAGACUCUUGAAGGAGCUUCAGGACUGGGGUGAAUUAUGCAGGCAACAGUUCCCAGCUGCCGAAUGGCUACAACUCACAUACUAUGUUGGUUUGGCAACACUCUUCGGUAGUGAGCUUCAUCAAAACGGCGCCAAAACUCCAGAUGUCGGUCGAGGUGACGACGCCGCCGGCGAGGAUGGAAACUGCAACAGCAUCACGGUCGCAGUGACACCCCAAAGCUCAGGUGGAAAUGUGGGCGAUGGUGAGCACGACGGACAAGAUAUAACAGUAGCGACCGACCAAGAAUCGAACCUUGGACUUGACAAGAACAAAAUAACGCGGGACAGCACCACGCAGGCAUGCCUUCUCUUCAGACAUCUGCAGAGGUCAACAGCAGCGGCCGGGAGUGAACGGUCCUGGCUGGCCCUGAUUGCCCAGUUCAAGUGUGGCGUGUCACUUCUGCACCGCAGUCAAGAGCCAGGAUCUAGGUCGCUCAGGGAGGAUGGCGAUCUUGCACAGGCCAUCAGCGCGUGUAGCGCAUCGCUCUCGGCGCUUGCAAGGCACUGGCCGCAGAGCAGGUGUUUGAGUGACGUCUUCGGGUUAGUCCUGGGCGAAUCGCACUUUGGGGGCGGAAGCCACGAGUCCAGAGGGCAAUCGACAGGAAAACGGACCAGGGAUGGGCGGGAUGAUCGGUCCAAGUCCGUCGCCGACUGGCUGCCGAUCCUCGAGUCGAUAGUGAUGCACCGACCGACACUCAAGAUGAUCCGGAAUUUGGCAGCUAGGAAAUCGCCACCGACACCUUACUCCGGGUCGUACGUCAGCAACAGACGCAGCAGCAGCAGUAGGGGUGCCGAUGAGGUGUCGACAGCAAGCGUAUUGAAACUGGAGACGCCCUCAAGCGUCAUGGGCGACGACGACGACGUCAGACGGGACGAGCCCUUGUUUGGGCUUGGUCUGGACGGAAGAGAAGAUGACGGAAUGUUCCGUGCCGCAUCGCCCACGUUUUUCCUGCCUGAUCCUCCACGGCCAGCCUCGGAGGUGCCCGAGAGGGAUUAUCGGUUUGACUACCUGGACCUGGGGGGUCCCGACGAGCCUAUUACCUGUUUUGGAGCAAGCCUGCAGAUAUGA